UUAUUUUAUCAUUCACCGACUCGAUUAUAAAAGCCUGUUGAUAGAAAAUUCAUAAGGCCAGAGCAGGAAUGCCGUUUCGCCUCUGCUGAACCGCAGCAUUUUCGGAAUUCCGAAGCGAUUUAAAGGUCGAUGUCUUUGUAGUUAGAACCCUGCAAAAGGUUCUGCGCUUUGUUUUGUGUGUGUGUAAGCGUUUUGUGUAGAAAAUUUAUGUAAUAAUUGAUAGAGUAAUGGCUUCAAAUCCUAAAAAAAUCAUCAACCAUAAACGAGUGGGCUCAACAGGGACCACUGGAGACGAAUCUUAUUCUUCAGACGAAGAAGACAAUGUCGAAUUGGAAAAUGGAGAUGUUACCAUAAGAGAUCAUAGAAUGUACGGGUAUACAGCUAUAAAUACUUUUCCAGUUACAGCAUCAGAUAGAAACAGUUCUAAUAGUUCAGUGUAUAGCGACUUGGAUUUAGAAAAAAUCGACUUAGAAGUAAUUUCUUCCUUUGAUCUAAAAGAUGAUAGUGAAAGUGCUGCUAGUAGUAGUGACCAAAUCGAUUGGUCAGGAUCAGUGGUGGCUUGCAAAGAUCAGAUACUAAUUGGGUUACAAGACGAAUUGAAGCAAGCUGGCAGGCAACUGAAAUUAAAAGACGACGAAUUGACUCGAGUGAAUCGGCUGAGGCAAGACGUCGAGGCGGAAUUGGAGGAUCUUACUGCAAGUUUGUUUCAGGAAGCUCACAAUAUGGUAAGAGAAGCAAACGAGAAAGCCGCCUCAGCCGAAAAAGCUUUGAAAGAAAGCCAAAUGAAGGUGGACGUUUUAACGGCAGAAGUGGCUGCACUAAAAACCCUAGUGCUAACUUCAACCCCUAGUUCUCCUAAUCCCCAUUUGCAUCCACAAUUGUCCAAGGACUCAGCAGGAGAAACUGGUACAAAAAAACACAGAAGAUCACCUUCCCAUUACAACUUAAAAUACGGCCGAGAAAACUCGCCUCCCGAUUCUCCAAUAAAAGAUUCUCAUCCAGUACAACUAGUCUCGAACAUCGAGCCCGAAGGUCUGGAAGUGGAUCCAGUUUUCCACAAAGAAUUCAUAGAAUGGCGUAAAAAUCCAGUCCUAGACAAAACCGUGCCUUUUGUCCAGAGAAUAUUCAAAGAAGAUGUGGGCAUUUGCCUGGAUUUUGGCAACAAGGAUUUGCUGGAAAAAGUCACCAAAGCUGUUGAAGAUGGCAGUGUGCUAGUGGAAGCUGUCGGGGAUAAAACCAAAACGAUGUUUCCAAAAACCUGUGCUUUACUACAAGUUCCUAGAUUGUGUUUUUAUCGGAUGAGCGUGGGAGAAACAGAUACUUGGUACAGUAUAUCGCAAAUUUGUAGAAAUAGGAUUAUUGCAGUCUGUGAUUUAUUGAAUUAUCUCAAAUACAUACAAAGAGGUUUAGUAAAAAGUUCUGCUCAUGAUGUUUUUUGGGAGAUCAUAAGACUAAGGAAAAAUAUGGCUCUUGCUAGACUAGGAUUAGAAAUAAGUAGUUAAUGUUACAUUUGUAAUGUUUAAAUAAUUGUUGUGCCAAAACUAUUCCAUUUUUUAAAUAAUAGGAUCUGAUUUAAUUAUUGUUAAUUUUUUUUUUUUUAAAUCUGUUAUCUACAAGCCAAAGAUAUUAUUUUAAUUAGUGUAAAUAUUUAAAUAAAAUUACAGCACAAGAAAAAUAAGCUUUUGCUAAAUUGAAUAAUAAAAUUUCAUUGUUAAUAAAC